AUGAAUGGUCAGUUUUCCCCCGAAUUUUCCCAAAUUAUCCUUUUAAAAAAAAUUUCAGUGAGUGUGAACUUGUCGAAAAACGCGCGGCAAAUUCAAGAGGAUCAAGAGCCCGAUAAGAAAUUAUCGUGGUUCUCCAAACUCUUCGAAUUCUCCAUCUCAGAGCUGCUGGGAAAAUGUAGAAAAGCUCAGGAGCCGAUUGAAAUCGAUGAUUUGCCGCCGCUCGAAGAUGACAACUAUUUGGCGCAUAUUAUGAAGGGUUAUAAGUGGAGUUAGUCUAAAUUCAGGAUUCUGAAUAUUGUUUUAAUUGAAUUUGACUUCAGAACGCCGUGUAAUCGGGUCAAUUUUGUUGCGAUUCUGGAAAUCAUUUGUGAUCGCGUUUGCUUUCAGAAUUUCGGCCAUUUUCGCGGAUUAUGCUUCGAUUUUACUUUUGAAGUUUGUUGGAAAAGAAUCUGGAGAACUAUUUUAAAAAUUGAUUUUUGAAUUUCAGGUAUUUGAUCGAUUCCGCUGAAAUAUCUGCAACACUUUCGAGUUUCUUUAUAAUUUCGAUUUUGAUUCUAUUUUUCAUUCAGUUGAAGUCAUUGUUGUUUGGUGAGUUUAUAAAAAGCUGGAAAAAUAUGAGUUAUGACGUGGCAGAUCUCAAUUUAUCCUAGCUUUGCCACAUAAAGAGUCUAAUUCGGGUUGUCCAGCUGAAUAAUAUCGAAUUCAUAAUCUAAAAAUUUUUAAAAGUUAUGACGUGGCUUUUAAAUUCAUAAACUUAUCUAGCUGCCACGUCAUAACACGGCGAAAAACAAAUUUUUCACGUUUUCGUGUGAACAGCCAUAAUUUCACGUGAGAGAGAACGAGAGAGAAGAGACGAGACGAAAAAGGGAUAUGAACAGACUCCGCCCACGUUAAAAAAUUUCUUCAGCAAAUGUGACGUCAUAACUAGGUAAACAAGCAACUAAUUUCCAGGUGUCCACACCUACCUUGUCGCUGAAGAUACCGCCCGAAUCUCCGCCGUCCUCAACACAAUAAUCGUCAAAAAAGCGCUCUUCCUCACCUCAUCCAUCACCCCCUAUACCAGCCUAAAAAUCCAAAAACUUGUCACAACUCACUCCGAUGCAAUCUCCAAUGCCUUGCUCUUUGUGCAUCAUUCGUGGGCAUCAAUGUUGGAGCUGAUAAUCGCGAUAUUUUGGAUCUGGGAAACUCUGGGAACCCGAACCAUUAUCGCUGUUCUCAUUGUCGCUGUAGUCUAUCUAUUCCUAAAUGUCAUUGAUUCAUGGAUCUAUAAGAAAAGUUUGAAACAGCAGGUGAAACUUCGUGACGAGAGAGUUGAGUUCAGCAAAACUGUGCUUUCUUCAAUGGAGACUAUCAAAUUAUUCGCAUGGGAAUCGGAAUUCGGUGAAAAAUUGCAUAAAAUCAGAAAAGAGGAGCUUGGAACAUUCCGGAAAACUUCUUGGAUCAAUUGCUGCAUGCAUUCUUUGAAUAUAACUUCACCAUUUGUUAUAAUGUUUGUCAGUUUUGCCGUGUAUGGUUUAAGCUUCAAAAUCAGUGAUUUACGAUUUGAAGAUGCUUUUGUAUUGAUUGCGAUCUUCAAUUACAUGCGAAGACCACUUCACACAAUUAUGCCAAGUCUAGAUUAUCUCAAUCGCGCAUUCCAUUCAGCUACCAGAAUCAAUCAAUUCAUCACCGCCCAAAAUUCUCCUAACAAACCCAGUGAUCGACUUUCAAAGAAAGCGCAAUCUCAAGUAAUCGAACAUGAAUAUGAUGUGAAAUUGGAAGAUGCAAAUUUCUCGUGGAAUGGCAGCUCGGAUGAUUUGAAGAAUGUAAGAACCCCCAAAUUUCUAUUAGGAUUUUUGUUUUGAAAAUAAUUUUUCCAGAUAACCUUGGAAGUUCUAAAGGGCGAGAUCCAUGGAAUCGUUGGCUUCCCACUUUGCGGAAAAUCCUCGCUGCUAUGCGCCAUUGUUGGUGAGCUGCAGCUCACCAAAGGAAAGCGUUGGGUGUCGCCAAGGAUCUCGUUUGCGCCAUCAAUUCCAUUUUUGUUCUCGCAAACUGUGAAGGCGAAUAUUUUGUUUGGGAAUGAGUUUGAUAAAGUGAAGUAUGAUAAGGUGAAUAAGGGGUCAGGAAAAAUUUUUCUGAAAAAAAAUUAGGGUACAAACCUGGAAGGGAUUUUUCUCAGAAUCAAGUAAAAAUGACGUUCGAAAAAACUUCCCAGCCAUUUUAAAAUCCAGAAACUAAUCGGAAUUUUAAAUUUUGUUGAUUUUUAGAUAGCAGAUAUUCUGAAUGGAAAUCGAUUCGAGAGUUCGAAGUUUUUUUGAAGUUUCGAAACCCCUAAAAUUAAAUUUAAAGUGAAAAUUGGAUUUAUGAAGUUCCUUGAACUUACAAAAAAUUAAUUUUGGAUUCUAUUUUCAAAUCUGAGUUUCAAAAAAUAUUCUGGGAAACUAUUCGAGAUUCAGAAAAUUUUCUCAAAGAUUACGGGCCCAUGCAGAAUAAUAUUUUGUAAUAAAAAACAUAUUUUUCCUAUGCUGAAAAACGUCGAAAAAACAAAAUAUACAGUUUACUAUUUCUUCUUCUACUUCUAAAUGUGUUCUACUUCUAAAUGUAGAGACAAUGUGAAAUUGAGAGAGUGCAGACAGACAAAUUGAUUUUUCGCACAAAAUAUACAAAAAACUGUCUGCACUAUCUCAAUAUUAUUACAAAAUAUUAUUCUGCAUUUAAUGGGCCCCAUUAGAAAAAAUCAGAAAAUAAAGAGAAAUCCUGACUCCCAAACAUUCCAGGUGAUCAACGUUUGCGAUCUACGCAAGGACAUCUUCUCAUUCCCCCGAUGCGAUGCAACUAUGCUCGGAGAUCGAGGUUAUGUGCUCACAGAAACUCAAAAAGCUCAAAUCUCCUUGGCUCGGUGCAUUUAUCAAGAUGCUGAUAUUUAUGCGCUAGACAAAGCUUUCUGCCUUAUGGAUUUGGUCACAGAGCGCAAGGUUUUUGAAAAAGUUUUGGGGAAGGAUGGUUUCCUCCGUGGAAAGACUGUGAUCCUAGCCACCAAUAAUAUCAGAUUGACCAAGGGAUUUACGAAAAAUCAUGUUAUGAAAGGUAGAUUUAAAAAAAAACCUCGUAAAUUCCUUCACAUUUUGAUUGCAGAUGGUAAACUUGAAAUCAGUGGAACCUACGAUGACAUCAUCGAAAGAUCUACAAUCAUGUCGGAACUUUUGAGCAUCAGUGAGACUGAUGAUCGAAUCGAGGAGAGGUUCAUCGAAAUUCCGAAGAAGAAGAAAGGUGUGAUGUUUGAUGUGGAUAAAAUGUCGCUGAAAAAGAAGAAGCCGGUGAUAAUUAUCAGCGAGGCGAUUGAAGUUCGCAAGCGGAACACGUAUUUGUACUAUUUUCGGAAUUGCUCAUAUUUGUUUUUUGGAUUGUAUAUGGUGUUUUUGGUGACGAGAUUUGUGUUGCAGGUGGGGGUUUUUUGAAUUUAAAAAAAUCAGCAAACUUGAAAUUUUGAAAAAAAAAAUCAGAUUUUGCCACGUCAUAAAUACCUCCAGAACACUUCUGACCAGAAGCUUUCAAUUCUAUAAUUAGUCUCAAACGUGGCUUAUAUGACGUGGCAAUUUACAAAUCAAACAUAAAAUUCUUAUUGAAUUUUUCCACGAUAAAAUUCAAUUUUCUGAAGGUUUUCAAAAAUUCAGGAACCAAAUAAGAGGCGAAAAUUCCAUAUCCCUUUUUCGUCUCGCGUCUCUUCUGCACGCGCACGCUAAUUUCUACUCUCUCGUUUUCUCUCGGCUUUGCCACGUCAUAAAUAUCUUCUGCAAAAUAAUUAAUUCUAAACGUGACCUAGAUGACGUGGAAAUUCGAAAACGAUUUCAAAUUUUAAAUGAAAACUUGAAUUUUUCCAGUCUCUUGCCUUCUUCUGGCUCUCAUUCUGGCUUGAUCCACAAUGGAAAAAAGAGGAAUGCGAAAACUGCCCACAAUACGUCUUCCUCCAACUCAUGUCCUUCUUCGCCAUCUCCGCCGUCAUUUCCAACACCUUCGCCUACGUCUUCUCAGUCAUGACAACCAUCGACGCAUCGAAAAAAUUGCACGAUCAUAUAAUUCGAAGUAUUCUGAAUGCUCCAAUGCCAUUCUUCACAAAAAGUCAUAAUGUUGAGGAGUUUAUUCAGCUUUUUACGGGCGAUUUGGAUAUUGCUGACACACAGUUUCCAAUGUACAUCAAAUCGUUUUUGGAAACUUCGUUGAAUGUGAGUUAGCCUAACAAGAACUGCAAACGUAUAGAUGAUCUUUCAGAUCCUUAUGAUCUUCUCAAUCGUCGCUGUCAAUCUUCCAAUUUACCUUGUUUUCGUUGUGGCAUUCUUCAUCUUCAUCUUCGCACUUUUGAAAUUAUACAUUCCAACAUCUCAUAAGAUAAUACAUUUGGAAAACAUUCAAAAAUCGCAAUUUUUGUGCUACGUCUCACAAAAUUUCGAUACCAGAUUAAUGGCGCGAGUUUUCGACAAAACCAAGACAACACUCUCGGAGAUCUCUGAAAUUUCCGAUGUUCUAACGAGAUGCAAGAUGGCGAAACAUUCAGCGCUCAGAUGGUUAUCGUUGCGCAUCGAAUUGAUGUCGAACAUCAUUAUUUUCUCAUGCUUCAUCGUCGCUGCCAUCUGCAGAAACUUCCAUAUGAUUGAGAAUGCUGGAUUUGCCCUUUGCGUCGCUUCGAUUUUAUCCAUCACUGAACUCGUCUCAACAUUUAUCAGAGUUAUUUGCACUUUGGAAUCCUAUUCGCCGAACAUUCAGAAGAUUUGUCACACCAAAAAUUAUCCGAAGGAACAUGUCAUUGAUUCGACUCCGAUGCGAGAUUCUUGGCCAGAUUCGGGCAAUAUUGAUAUUGAGAAGUUAGUUUGAUUAAAUUUUUUUGGGUAGAUCAAAAGUCUUUGAACAUCUGAAAUACAAUAGGUUCAAAAGUCCACGUGACACAAUUUUUGGAAUUUCAGAAAAUUUAAAUUCUUAGGUCCCACAAUUAAAAAAAAACAUUUUUUGAGCCUCUGGAUUACUGUGGUUUGAAAAAAUCCACGUGGCAUAAUUUCAGAAAAUUUCUGAAAAUUAAAGUUUUGUAGUCCAAUAAUUCUUUAUUUGAAUCUCUGAAUUACAGUAGGUUCAAAAAUCCACGUGGCACAAUUUUUGGAAUUUUAGAAAAUUGAAAUUCUGAAGUUCAAUAAUUCUUUGUUUGAACAUCUGGAAUACAGUAGGUUCAAAAAUCCACGUGGCACAAUUUGAGAAAAUUUAGAUUCUGAAGUUCUCAGAACUCCAGAAUUAGCGUAGGAUCAAAAAUCCACGUGGCACAAUUUUUGGAGUUUCAGAAAAUUGAAAUUCUGAGGUCUUAAAAUUUUUAGAGCCUCUGGAUUACCUGUGGUUUGAAAAAAUCCACGUGGCACAAUUUUUGGAAUUUCAGAAAAUUGAAAUUCUGAAGUUCAAAAAUCCACUUGGUACAAAUUUUGGAAUUUCAGAAAAUUAAAAUUCAACAAUUCUUAGAACCUUUGAAACACAAAAAUUCAGAAAUCCACGUGGCACAAUUUUAAGAAUGCCACGUCAUAGCUUUUCUCAGCCUCCAAUUUUCAGUCUCAACGUAUUUGCCAACAAAUACAAACACAUUCUCAAAGGCAUCAAUCUCUCAAUUCAAUCUCUCGAAAAAGUUGGAAUCGUCGGAAAACCAGGCGCUGGAAAAACCCAACUUGCCCUAACUCUAGUCGCAAUGACGUCAGCAGACGACGAGAGUCGAAUCUUCAUCGAUGGUGUAAAUGUGUACGACAUCGGUGUGAACACCCUCCGCUCGCGGGUUACUGUAAUCCCCCAGAAGGCUAGAAUCUUUGCGGACACUCUUCGGAAUAACAUUGAUCCUUGCGGACAAUUUGCGGAUAGUGAUGUUUGGCUGGCCAUCGAAUCUUGUCAAAUGAAGGAUUUUGUGAAGGGUUUGACGCAUGGAUUGAAUCAACCGAUUAGUGCGGAUUUGAUGAGCGAAGAGCAAAAAGAGCAGAUUAAUGUGUGCCGUGCGAUCUUGAAAGGUGGUCAGAUAUUUGUGAUCGAUCAAUCCACCAAAUUCAUGAACGAGCCCACAAAAUCUCUCGUCGAACAUGCGAUUCGUGAAAAUCUCAAGCAAUCUACAUUGAUUGUUAUUGGUGAAGAAUUCCACGAUGUUGAGAAUUGUGACAGGAUUUUUGUUAUUGAAAAUGGUCAGAUUGUGAAUGUCGACACUUCGAUUAACAUGAUCAAGAAAUUUGGAACUUUGCAAAAUUGUCUUCUAGAAUGUGCGCUUUAA